AGGUGUUCCAUUUCAGAGACAAGCGACAACAUUUCGAACCAACUGGGGACAUUUGACGCAGGGCUGGCUGGCUCCAAAGGUGUCCGGGCUCUCCCGUAGAGAUAGGGUAAGAAGCUCGGUCAUCAGGGAGGGGCUCAGUGUCGUGCCACUGCUUCUUGAGAGGAGCCAGAUGAGGUGGCUGGGGCAUCUGAUCCGGAUGCUUCCCUGGUGAGGUGUUCCGGACAUGUCCCACCAGAGAGAGACCUCGGGGACGAUCCAAGACACGCUGUGGAGACUACGUUUCUCGGCUGGCCAGGGAACGCCUCGGGAUCCCUCCGGAAGAGCUGGAAGAAGUGGCCUGGGAAAGGGAAGUCUGGGUAUCCCUGCUGAAGCUACUUCCCCCGCGACCCGACCGGAGAAGCGGAAGAAAAUUGAUGGAUGGUAAUCCAGGCAAGGAGAACCAGGCGGUCCCGCUAAUGUUCCAUCCGCUGAGCGUCGAGCUGAAGCCCCUCCCAUCAGGCGGUUGUCACGUGGACAUCAUGCCGAACCUCAGCCUGCUCCUCUGCCUCCUGCUGUUGCUCUUUGGCUCCCCCGCAGAUACAUCUGCGCAUGAGGAGCAACCUGACUUUUUUGGAGUUCCAUUAAAGAAAACCUCCGACAAUCCUCCCUCGUUCCCAGAACAGAUUUUCUCUCUUAAUUUGGCUCCCGUCAGCCCUGCGGGUGCCUCGUUUUUCCGGCGUUUUCAAUUCGAACCAAGCGAUGAAGCCGCAGGUUACGGGCCGAUCUUUGAGGAGCAGCCGGUGGACACCAUCUACCCCGAGGAGUCGCCCGAGGACAAAAUCACCAUGAUCUGCCGGGCCCGAGCGAGUCCACCUGCCACAUACAAAUGGAUCCUGGACGGUGCAGAAAUCGACCUUAGCGCCGACCGCAAACACUACGCAUUGUCGGAGGGCAACCUGGUCAUCAGCGAGCCCGUCAAAAACAAACACGAGGGGAGGUAUUCCUGCUUGGCCGGCAACACGCACGGCACGGUCGUCAGUCGAGAGGCCUCGGUCCAGUUCGGAUACUUGGACCUUUUCUCAUCCGAGGAAAGGGAGUCGGUAUACGUGAAAGAAGGGCAGGGGGCCGUGCUUCUCUGCGCUCCCCCUCCACAUCAUCCGGCUGACCUGUCGUUCCGGUGGAUCCUCAAUGAGUUCCCCACCUUCAUCCCGCCGGACAAAAGGCGCUUCAUCUCGCAGAUAACGGGCAACCUUUACAUCUCCAAAGUGGAGGCCUCGGACAGCGGCAACUACUCGUGCAUCGCGUCCAGCGCCUCCAUCUCCAAGAGCGUUUUCUCCAACUACAUUCCGCUCGUGCCCCUCACCGAACGUGCCAUCAGGAAGUACCCGGCUGACCUCAACGUGAAGUUCCCUGACACCACCACUCUGGCGGGGCACAACAUCACGUUGGAAUGCUUUGCUUUGGGGAACCCCGUCCCGGAGAUCCGCUGGAGGAAAUUGAACGGAGAGCUGCCCCCCAACCAUGAGGUGCGCAUGGCGGGGGCUCACCUCCACUUGUACAACGUGCGGUCGGAAGACAGCGGCUCGUAUCAGUGCGAGGCGGCCAACUCCAAGGGAAAGGACUACCACAGUGCACAUUUGUCUGUGGAAGCUUUUCCUGAAUGGGUGGAGCACAUCAGCAGCGCAGAGAGAGACCUCGGCAGCGCCUACACCAUGUCCUGCUUGGCCAGGGGCAAACCCAAACCACGCAUCCGCUGGCUGAAGAACGGAGAGCCGUUGGACGGAAAAGAGAUGGUGUUCCGCAAUCUGACAUUUGAAGACUCCGGGAUGUACCAGUGCAUCGCUGAGAAUCCCCACGGGGUCAUCUUUGCCAACGCGGAGCUGCGAGUGUUUGACUGCGCUCCCACCUUCGAACGCAACCCGGUCAAGCACGUCCUCGCUCCGAGAAACGGCCGAGUGGUGAUGGAGUGUCGACCCAAGGCUGCCCCCAAGCCCAAAGUCUCGUGGAGCAAGGACACCGAGCUGCUGUCUAACUCCAGCAGGCCAUCAGAAAAGGCCUUGCUCAGACCUGACCCCCCCACCACCGCCGAGUCACAUACUCUCCGGCUCCGUCUCUUCAGGAUGUUCAUCUGGGAGGACGGCAGCUUGGAGAUCCUCAACGUGACCCGCACAGACGAGGGCAGGUACACCUGCUUCGCCCACAACAACCUGGGCAAGGCCAACAGCACGGGCUCCCUAACGGUAACAGAUUCCACGAAGAUCACCUUGGCCCCCUCCAACGCCGACGUCAAAGUGGGGGAAAACGCCCGGAUGCAGUGCGGCGCGUCGCACGACUCCUCACUGGACAUCGCCUUCAUCUGGUCCCUGGACGGCCGAGUCAUCGACCUCGACAAGGACGCCCAGCAUUACGAACGUACCCUGAACGGGAGCUCAGAUGGAGAGCUUCUGAUCAAGAACGCCCAGUUGAAGCACGCCGGCAUUUACAGCUGCACAGCGCAGACGCCCGUGGACAACGUGACCUCCUCUGCCAGCCUGGUUGUAAGAGGACCCCCCGGCGCUCCGGCAGGGCUGCGAGUGACAGACAAAAGUAACAAGAACGUAACGCUGCAGUGGAGCCGGGGAGCGGACAACCACAGCCCCAUCUCCAAAUAUACCAUCCAAUAUCGGGACGGCUUCUCCCGGGACGUGUGGAAGAACGCCGCCACAUCUCCAGCGGACAUUGAAGGGAACGCAGAGACGGCCACUGUGGUGGACUUGGUGCCCUGGACCGAGUACGAGUUCAGGGUGAUCGCGACCAACACGCUGGGCACGGGCACCCCGAGCGUCCCAUCUCUCAAAGAGAAAACCCUGGCCUCAAGUCCUGUGGUGGCGCCCUCGGAUGUUGGCGGAGGCGGCGGGACAAACAGGGAGCUGACCAUCACGUGGACCCCUGUCCAGGAGCAGUACUACUACGGGCCUUACUUCGGCUACAUCGUGGCCUUCAAACCUCGAGCCGGCGUCGAGUGGACACAGGUGACCGUGUCGGACCCCCGAGCCGGUCGCUACGUGCACAGAGACCCCUCCAUCGCUCCCGCGACGGAGUUCGUCGUGAAAAUCCAAGCGUACAACAGCAAAGGGGAGGGACCCUACAGUCUGCCGCAGACCAUUUUUUCCGCGCAAGACGCCAUCACCGAUGCUCCCGGAAGCAUUGAUGGCAAAGCGCUCUCUGCCACCGAAGCUGUUUUAUGGUGGUUUCCUAUUUCACAGAGCAACAUAGACGGGUACCAGGUGAAGUACUGGAGAAAACAGGAAGACAGCGAAGGGGGUGCCCACAAAGUGGUGGUGUCCGGUAAGGAAAACCAUACCAGAGUGGACGGAAUGAAGCCCGACUCCCUUUACCUCAUUGAGAUCCGGGGCUACAACUCUGCGGGAUACGGGCCGGCCAGCGAGCGCCUCGAGAUCCACACCAAGAAACCGCCUCCUGGUCAAGCCCCUAGAAUCAUAAGUAAAAAGUUGAAGGGCAAGUCGGUAAACGUGGCCUGGGAACACGUGGAGACGCUGGCAAACGAGGCACCGGUAGAUGGUUACAAAGUGCUGUACAGGCCCCAGGGUCAGUCCACAGGAACGCUGUACAUGACCAAAUGGCGGCACAUCGAGCUCCCCCUCUUUGAAAACGAGACCUACGUGGUGGAGGUCCGAGCGUAUACGGAGGGCGGCGACGGAGCCGUGUCACAAAUCUUCAUUACGGGGGGAAGCGCCACGGCCGCCCGGCCCCUCAGCGCUCUCGGCCUUCUCCUGGUGGCCGUUCUCUGCCUGAACCUCUGAAUGUAGCACCAUCUUUCUCUUCGCCUCCACGUGAAGAACACUCUUUUACGGUUGACCCGCCUAGAUGGACUUUUUGGGACUCUUUCCACAAUUGUUCGGUUCCUCUCGUUCCAACUCUUCCCCCCCACCCCCCCCGGUUCUGGAAGAUUCUUGUGGGAAUAGAUGGGAACACAUUGGAAAUGGGCAUCCCUUAUUUAUCCAUAAAAAAAAAGCCUCUUUGGAGGAGCAUCAAUGGAACUCUGUCAACUUUUUUGAAAUAUGCCUUAUGGAAACGUCUGCACUUAUCUUUCACAAUAACUUCUUUCAAAACGCAUCUGUUUUUUUUUAUUUUUUGGGGGGGGGGGACUUUUUGGAUACAAACAAAACAAUCCACACGGCAUCCCGUAGUUUGGAGCGCAACAAUCACCCGUGAAGGAUAAGCGCAGCCGUUUUACGAGUAUCUCUUUACUGUACGUCGUUCUUUAACUGCACUUCAAUUUCAUUUUCACGUUUUUUUUUUUGUAGUAAAAGGGAAGCGCGGCGUCUGUUUAAGCGGAUACAGUCAAAGCAAAGCUCAACCGGACCAACCAUUAAUCAAAAAAAAAAAAAAAGACCCCCUCAUGCUCAAUUCAAGACUGAAUUUUCUUAUUUCACGGCCAGUUUUUUGUUCUUAAAAAGAAGAAUUUAAUUGUACAAACUAACUUUUAGAAAAGGAGUGUAUAUAUUUUUUAAUCAUAUUCAAAUAAUGAUACCAACCGAAUUCAAACAAUAUCUAUUAGAUUAAAUAUAUGUAAUAUAUCAUUUAGUUCUUCUCCCCCCAAUCCUAGUUAGUAUUUUUUUUUGGGACGGUCCUUCGUCAGCUUUACAGAUGCCACUUCCCCACUGCAAUGUGUGUUGGACGUUGUCAUCGGAACAGUAAUUUUUGGGGUGCGGCGUUUGUCCAAUCAAAUGGCUCAAUUGAGGGAGUCACUGAUGGUGUAGUGGUGCCUUUGGUGCAGGUGGCGUGGGUUCGAUUCCCGCUCAGUGAUGGUGUCGAUAUCUGCAACUGACUGGAGACCAGUUCAGGGUGUAGUCCCUCUUUUGCCCGAACCUAGCCGGGAUAGGCUGCAGCUUUCCCGCAACCCUUGUGAGGAUGAGUGGCUUGGAUAAUGACAGUAAUGACUAAUUGAGGCUUAGAAGGGAGGCUAUUGAUUGAGGAAAUGUGGUACUUAAAGGUCGAGUGUUAUGAAAUUUUGAGUAAGUUAUCAAUGAAAAAACGCCAGCCGCUACGGACCCAUUUUUUUUCACCACAAAACAUGAUUUUGACGAAAAUGGCUUUUUGUAACUCUCGCCAUGAAAAUCCUCUCGAGGGAUUUGUUUUUGACAAGAAGCAGGAAGUGAUGUUGGAGGCAGGACCGCCCUCAAGUGGACUCGUUUGUUUCUGUUAGUUUUACCUGCGGGAAGAUAGCUCGUUGUUAGCCAAAAUGCCGGCUCGUUGCCUUGCUGGAUAUUGCUCGAACACCCGGGAGGAUGGAUUCGCUCUUCAUACAUUUCCAAAAGAUCCGGUUCGUCGUGACAAAUGGAUUGCACGGGUGCAAAGGAUGAGAGCUUCGUGGGUUCAAAAUGACAGGUAAAGUUCGGAAAAAAAAAUAAUAGUUGUGGGGGGAGGGGGGGAGACGUAAUCCGUAAAUCAGGGGUGCUAAAUGUGUCGAUUUGCACAUCGGAAGGCUGAAUGACUUCCUUGUGAAUCGUCACCGGCCUUGUCGACAAGGCCGAGCCGGCCGCCAGCCUUGUCGGCCGGGGUGACUCGUGACGGCGCUGGGCCGCGGUGGCUCAUCUCCGCCGCGGAAGUGGACCGGAUGGAGACGCUGUUUGGCCGCGUCGUCGUCGUCGCUCACGGGCAGCGUCGUUUUUAUCACCGCCGCGAGGGGGUGGAUCGGGCAGGGAGGUGGUUUGGCCGUGAUCCGCAUAUCAUCUAAAUAUGGCUCGAAACAAUAUGGUAAUUUUGCCCCGGUAACUUCACUCGGUUGUGAGAUGUUCUCUUCUUCGAAAGGAGCUUCGGGUACAGGUAGAGUACAUAUGACAUGACCUGUCGGAUACAUUGUUGAUCCAAACGACCGGACUUCUCCUUUAACUUUUUGCAAGUAGUGUCUGUGGUUUUUCUGGAAACCUCUCACCCAAACUCAGUUGGGACCCGAACAAGGACAAAAUGCUUAUAAAAUGCAAACGGCACCAUCCUGGGCAGUGGGGGGAACAUUUAUUCGAGUUGCAGUGUUUUUUUAUUCUAGUGGACGACAAACCCAGCGACUAAUUGACCCAUUGAAGUUGAGGCUACUAUUUGAGUCCCGGCAACUUUCUCGGGAACAGUUUCAGCUGAUUAGGCUCCCAGUGCACAAAUUAAGGCAUUUUUCUUCCAUUUGUACUUCCCGUAGGUGUGACGACCAUCCACGUUUUUGUCUUUCAAGUGUACUUAGGGCCUCAGAAAACUCUUUGGACGGGAGCAACAAUUCGGCUAGAAUGUCCGCGCGCGAACAACGCACGCCGCAGAACUUUAUGAACUUAGUUCUCAGACGCGAACAGAGGAGGCCCUCGACAUGCUGACACUGCCAGACUAACCGUUUUCUGUAACGUGACCAACCGGGGGGGGGGAAGCACAAAAGCAGAUGCUUGGAUUGGAAGUGAGUGAGGACGUUAUUAUCAACACAGGAAAAGUCAUCUUCUGUCCUGGCAUGCGACUCUGAGUGACUUUCAAUUUAUGACGCCGAGUGCUCGAAAGCCACAAGGCUGCAUUGUCACACUUUAGCAGUUUUAAUAAUUUAGAUGGGAUUAACGGAGAAUCUGCAUAUCCGCAUCCAUUCGUGUUCUCAACCGGAUUGACUGAUUUGUUGACGUUGAAGCAUACGCAAAGAAUGCCGACAAUAUCUCCGCGUUUGUUGGCUUGAGCUAUUCUUGCUUUGGCUGUAUCAUAAAAAAAUGUCGGGAUCGGUUGUUUUUUCCAUCAUGCAUCCGUUGUAGUUCGGUUUGCCACAGUACGCUUCAGAUCGGUGUAAUCCAACCGAUCGGGGGACAACCAAGUCUGGAGUUUUUCUCUUCGCAGGCAAACAGUUUGAUAUUUUGGGACAUUUUCAAAUGAAAACAUCCAUAAUUUGUACCCAACUGAACCCGGCCAUUCAGCUAAAAGGGAACUUCGGCUACAUCAUGGAGAAAAAAAAAAUAUCAUUUUGUGUGUGUUUUUGUUUUUCAAUGAAGCGUAAAGUUCCCACCAAGCCUUACAGUUCGGUUCGGCUAGCCCGGUAAUACGUGGAAUGGAGACGACCGCGACAUUUAAGUGUGUAGUAGUGUAAAACAAAGGUAGGAUCAUGUUUCAUAAUACAUACGUUACAUUAAAAACAACAUAGAACAGAUUUUAAGUGACCUGAAAUGACCUUUUUGGUAAUAUGUGGAAGCGUUAGCUUUGUGCGCAAGAGUCACUGUUUUUAGUGAGUGCCAAUUUAACACUCGUCUCAUUUUUACAUGGCAACUUUUUAUUCCCAUAACAGGACAACAUGCCUAGCUCCUCUUACUACCAUGUUUUAUUGUUACGGACAAUAAUGCGCAUUAUUUUCCCCAAC